UGGUAAAACUGUGCCCAAUUUGAUGAAUGAGGUGAUGUUGAAGGAAGCAGUUAUGGAGGAAGUCUGUAAAGAUGAGGUCAAACACAUUAUGAAGCAGGAGGGCAUCCCCUUUAAAGAAACCCUUCAUCUACAUCUGGAAUUCAAAAAAAUCCAAAGAAUUCAUUGCUUGUGGGAAUUCACAUCCUUGGACAGGCUUGAUUUGAGCAACAACCUCAUUGAAAAAAUUGAAGGCCUGGACCGUCUAUUGAAUCUGACAUGGCUAAAUCUAUCAUACAACAAGUUAGAAAAAAUUGAAGGUUUGGAGUCUCUGCGGAAGCUUGAAGUCCUGACUCUGUCCAACAACAGGAUCUCUGUCAUUGAAAACAUGGACACACUUGAGAAACUCACACUAUUCUGCAUUGGGAACAACCUCAUUGGACAGCUGGAUAAUGUGCUGUACCUCAGGAAAUUCAAGAACCUGUUCAGCCUCAACCUGUGUGGAAAUCCUGCCUCUAAGGAAGACGAUUACAAACUUUUUAUCGCGGCCUACUUUCCAAACUUGACAUUCCUCGACUUCAAAUUACUCGAGCUACAGACGAAAAAUGACGCUUCUGUUAAGUACCAAAAUGCCCCUGGGAAACUGAAACUCGAGGAGCUGCAGCAAGAACAAGCUCAAAAUGCUGAACAGAAGGAUAACGUAGAGGGGUUCCUGAAGGGGUCUGAUCUGUCCGAGAGCCUGCUCAAAUUUGAUCCAGAGGCAAAGACACUCCGGGAUGUGCCUGAAAUGGCUCAAGAGAUGAAAGCAUUUGAACACCAAAUGUUAGAGCUGUUCACACAGAUCAUUGAAUCAGGCUUGGCUGAAAAUGAGCGCAGAGAGACGGAGGUGAACUGCUUUGUCAGCGCUCAGACGAAGGCGAUGAAAGACUACCAGAAGAAAGUCUCGAACAAAAUGGCAGAUUUUGAGGAGCAGCAUCAAAAGAGGAUGGUGGAGCUGCAGCAGAUUUCAGAAUCAGACCUGCUAAAGGACAAGAUCAGCCACUGCAGUGAUGAAAUCCGUCAACUCUGUCACAGCUUCAUGGAAAUGGAGUGGCGGCACGUCAGCCAGAUGGAGGAUAUCAUCAAAAUGUUGGAUAAAAAUCUCUCUGACAUGGUCGGCAAAUUCAGUGAAACUGUUCAGGGACUAUUCACUCAAUGUCGAGAUCUGGAGGAUACAUAUUAUGAAAAGGUGCGGCAAGUUGCUAUAGCGACUCUGGAGAAAGUGGGCAAGGGUGAAGUGGAAGACGACAUGCAAGAUGAUGCUAAAGCUCUUUUCACAGACAGAGAUGCAGUGAUGGAUGCACUAGAAACCGCCCACGAAAACCACCUGCUGAGGAUCAACGAUCGACAGACCCAGCUGCUCACACGUGUCAGUGCGUGGAAAGUGGCCAUCAUUGAGAUGGUUCGAGACAAAGAACUUGAGGGGAAUCGAACACGUAUCUCAGACUUCCACAGAUAUACGGACAUUUUGAAGGAACAGCUGGAGGAAUAACAUGUAGCACCAUCAUUUCUACCCAAAGUUGUAAAACAAUGGAAGAGGACUAUUUCACAGCUGGACAUCAAUACAUUUAAAUAUGCAAUAAACAUUUUUUUUUCUAUAGCCUAUUUGAUUCAACCUAUUAAAACAAAAAACCUUUCAAAUAUCAGCUGGUUAGCAAAAGUGAGACAAAUUGUGCAUUUUUU